AUGCCGGCUUCACAAGACCUUCCCUGGGGAGUCGUCCACGAAUGGCCAGCGGCGAGCUAUGCACUGCUCAUCAUUUCCGUUGCCGGCAUUUGCUUCCUCCAGCUAUAUCGCCUCGCCCUCCCCAAACCGAUCCCCGGAAUCCCCUACAACAAAGCCUCAGCUCGAAGGAUCCUCGGAGAUGUCCCACUCCUGAGACAGCAUGUCUCGGAAGCUCAGGGGAGAAGCUUCGCCACCUGGCUUCUGGCAUCCGUCAAAGAUUUAGACGCGCCGCUGAUCCAGCUCUUCCUCAAACCCUUCAAGAAGCCAUUGCUGAUCCUCUGCGACGUCCGCGAAACGCGCAACAUCAUGCUUCACCGCAAGGACUUUGAUCGGUCCUCAAACACUGCGGAUAAAGUCAAGGGCAUCGCUCCGGAUCAUCACCUUCGACUGCGGACAAACGAUGUGUGGAGGUCACAUCGCCGGCUUGUCCAGGAUCUGGUGACUCCGUCAUUCCUUCACAACGUCGCCGGUCCUCAGCUCAAGGCCAAGGUUGCGGAGGGAAAACCAUUCGAAGCAGGCACGGACAUGAGCCACGCUGCGCUUGAUGCAGUCAUGUCUUUUGCAUUUGGCGAGAGGUUCACAGAAACUGCCACCAGACCAUCACUGGAGUUGAUGGAGGGACUCGGAGAAGAGUCGCUUCGGCGGAUCAAGGAAACAGGGUCACUGACUACACCGAUACAGUUUUCUACUGCGCCUGUACCUGAUAUCUUGCAGGCGAUUACAGACUUGUCGGAAACAAUUGGCCAAGUACGAGGCGCCAUGCCACCGAGUUUGGCCUGGGCAUUGAUCAUGCGAAAGCCGUACGUGAAGAGGGCAACUCGGAUCAAGGAAGAGUAUUUCACGAGAGAGUUGAAGCAUGCUGUGAGUCUCUUGGAUGACAGCGACGCCGGCAAAGAAUGGUCGGCGGUUCACCACAUGAUUUUGCGAGAAAGGAGCUUUGCUCAGAAAGAAGGGCGACAGCCCGAAUACUUCUCCCGUGUGAUGUUUGAUGAAAUCUUUGGGUCUUGUAUAUUGCCUGGUCACGAUACCACCAGCACCACCAUGAAGUGGACGCUCAAGAUCCUUGCCGACAACCCUCAGUCGCAACACAGGCUGCGAGAUACUCUACAAGCUUCUUUCGCAGCGGCCAAGCAAGAGGCCCGUAACCCCACUAUCCAAGAGAUCACCAUCACAAAUAUCCCAUUCCUCGAUGCCGUUCUGGAAGAAUUACAGCGAUGUUGUCCAACGACCUUGGUGCUUGACCGCCAAGCUGUGGUUGAUACUGAACUACUGGGUCAUCACAUACCCAAGGAUACCGUAGUCAUUUGCUUGACCAACGGUCCAAGCAUGGUAGAGCCCGGUUUUGCCGUUGACGAAGCCAGCCGAAGAAGAGCUGAUCAACCCGUCAAGAAACUCGGGCCAGAAGAUGGCUGGGAUAUGAGUGACGUGGCGGCUUUCAGACCCGAGCGUUGGCUUGUUCAGAAAGAGAAGGGCGACGCUUUCAACGCAACAGCUGGACCAGUACUCGCCUUUGGGCUGGGGCUCCGAGGUUGCUUUGGGAAGAGGCUCGCGUAUCUCGAGAUGAGGAUAUUACUGACGCUCAUUAUCUGGAACUUUGAGCUUUUGCAGUGCCCGCCGGCGUUGUCGGGCUAUGACUCGGUUUUGGUUUCGGCAAACAGGCCCAAGGACUGUUAUGUACGUUUGAAGAGUCUCUGGUAG